UGUUAAAUACAACUAAGUUAUUGGAAAUAGGUAUUUUAAGCUUGUAUUUAUAUAAAGUUAUGAAUUAAGAUGUUAUUAGAUUAACUAGAAAAGUCAGGUGCUACUGUAUUUAAAUGGAUUGCAGCAAUAUUUGUGCUGCAGCAGCAAUAAUAAUGAAUCAUAGCAAUAACAAUGGCCGUGCCUUAAUAUCGAGCGAGGAGCAACGCAAAUAAAACCAGAGAAGUAACUUUGGCAAAAUGCCCCUGCUCUCCAACUGCUUUGCUUGCUUCAAAUUCAAACGUCAAGAAGUUAUUGACAAACUGGAUUACAGUAAUACGCCGCUCCAAGAUGCCUUUCCAGAGGUCUGGCAGCACGAGCGAACACUGGAGGAGCUGCAUUUAAGCAAUGCCAGGCUUCAAUCGCUGCCACCGCAGCUCUUCUACUGUCAGGGAUUGCGUGUGCUGCAAGUGAACAGUAACAAUCUGGAAAGCAUACCACAAGCAAUUGGCUCACUUCGUCAAUUGCAGCAUUUAGAUCUGAAUCGCAAUCUUAUUGUAAAUGUGCCUGAAGAGAUUAAGGCGUGCAAGCAUCUAACACAUUUGGAUCUCAGCUGUAACAGCCUGCAACGUCUGCCAGAUGCAAUUACUUCGUUAAUAUCAUUGCAGGAGCUGUUGCUCAAUGAAACCUAUUUGGAAUUUCUGCCCGCCAACUUUGGGCGUUUGGUCAAUUUACGCAUUCUUGAAGUGCGUCUUAAUAAUCUUAUCACUCUGCCUAAAUCAAUAGUGCGUCUGAUUAACUUGCAGCGACUUGAUAUAGGUGGAAAUGAGUUCACGGAGCUGCCUGAGGUCAUUGGAGAGCUAAAGUCGCUGCGCGAAUUGUGGAUAGACUUUAAUCAAAUACGUCGAGUUUCACCCAACAUUGGUAAACUACGCGAACUGCAACAUUUCGAAGCCAAUGGCAACUUGCUGGACGCGCUGCCCAAUGAACUCAGCAAUUGGCGCAAUGUCGAAGUGCUCUCAGUGUGUUCCAACAAUCUUGAAGCUUUUCCCUUCAGCGUGGGCAUGCUAAAGUCUUUGGUGACAUUUAAAUGUGAAUCCAAUGGAUUGAGUGAGCUACCAGAUAGCAUAAGUUACAUGGAACAGUUGGAGGAGCUGGUGCUAAGUCAUAACAAGCUAAUGCGUUUGCCCAAUACAAUUGGCUCGCUGGCCAAAUUGCGUUUUCUCUUUGCCGACGACAAUCAGCUGCGUCAACUGCCCGAUGAACUGUGUAGCUGCAGUCAGCUGAGUGUAGUGAGCGUGGCAAACAAUCAACUGUCUGCAUUGCCACAAAAUGUUGGCCACUUGUCCAAGCUGAAGGUACUUAACGUUGUUAACAACUAUAUUAACACACUGCCCGUUUCUAUGCUAAGUUUAGUGAACUUAACUUCACUUUGGCUAAGUGACAAUCAAUCGCAGCCAUUGGUGCCGCUGCAGUAUUUAGACGCAAGCAAUAAAACGCAGCUUACCUGCUUUAUGCUGCCACAAGUUGCAUUCAAAAUGCAGGCGCAACAGCAAAAACAACAGCAGCAACAACAGGUGCAGGAGCAAUAUGAAUUUGUAUAUGCCAACCAUCAUCAGCAGCAGCAGCCGUCAAGUCCAUCGCGUCGCAUUUGCUUUGCGGAGGAGACAACCGUAUUGAGUGCCGCCACUGCCGCAACAAACGCGCCACAGUCAGCGCCUAACUAUGCAGCAAGCUUUGUAGCCGCGCCACAUACGCCAGAGCAAUUGCCUGCAGGCAGCUCCGUGCGACUAAUGCGCUCGCCCACACCAUACCCCAAGGAACUGCGUCAAAUGGCCAAGUACAUGCGUCAGGCGCAAGCAGCCAAUGCAGCAGCAGCAACGUUGUCUAGCGAAGUGCGUGAGGCGCGCGUUGUGGCACCCAAUGGCGUCUUGCCACACUGUGAUACAAAUCAGGAUGCUGUGGAUCAUGCCGCUGUGGAUCAUGAACCAGAAGCUGCUAACCACAUCUAUGGAAUCUAUCAGCAGCAGCAACAUCAGCAGCCGCAACAGUUGCUACAGCCGGCUGGGCAGGAAUAUUACGGUCUGCCAUUGGUCAACUAUGAAACGCAUUAUCAACAGCUUUAUGUCGAUGCCAGCACUUUGGCGCUGCCAACAACGCAUUUGUCCAACGGCGAGGCGAACUAUGAGCUGCAAGCUUUGCAGCAAAGUCCACCAGCAGCAGUGGCGCCACCACCACGCAUGGAUCCGCCACCGUAUCAUAUAGCACGCGUAUAUACCAAGAAGACAGCGGAGGAUUUAACGCUGUACGAAUCGAUGAGGCAGCGAAAGCAGCAACAGCAGCAGCAGUUACAGCAACUUCAGCAGCAACAAGAUGCCACAUUCUAUGAGGACAGCAACAGCUAUCAGGACGCAUUAAAUAGCAAUCUUAAGACGACAGCAAUUGGUACACAAGCACAACAGUUGGACUAUCAAAACAACAUACACAUGGAACAGCAGGAAUUGCAGCCACUGCAUAACUCAGUUGACAAUGGAGACGAGCAGCUGCAGCGUGAGCAACAAGACAUGGACGAUACGUUAUCGCAGCACUCGGUUAACUCUACAGCUACAAAUAAUACAUCCAGAGGUGGCCAAAAAAGAUCUACCUGGAUAUUUGGCGUGCAUAAGAAUCCCACAGUGAAGCAAGUGACGCUCAAAUGGGAGCAGCACAUAGGCUUCGAUAUUGCCGAGCUGCUCAAUCAGGUGGGAAUCUAUGUUAGUGCCAUAACGCCAAACUCAAGCGCUGCUCGUUUGCUGAGCCUAAACGACAAGCUGCUAGAAAUCGAUGGAUAUGACCUGACCAAUGCCAAUUUGAGCGAUGCCAAACGUGUGCUGCAUAAUUGCGGCGCUGUUAUAAAUAUAAUGUUGUCACGCAAGUGAUUGCGCGACAGCCACCCAACUCCCAUUUAACACUACCUUGUAAUCCUAAUUCCAACAGUACCGAGACCGAAGACUUUUGCGCAUUUUUUCAUAAGCAAUUUUGCAAUAACGAUAAAUCGAACUCUCAUAAAUCUAUAGUAUAUAACUAUAUAUGUUAGCGGCCAAAUCCACAGGCCAAGAACGUCCCUUGCACUGGCGACACACAUUCUGUUUAAGACAACAUUUGCCUUUUUAGUUAAAAACACGAAAUCAAACUGCCAUUUAAUAGGUUUGAGUAAUUGAAUUUAAUUUUAUUUAUUUAGUUGAUAUUACUAGCAAAUAGUAUUUUAAGCAAAACGAACCUUAAUGUCUUUCCAAUUCUGCUUUUUUGUCAAAUAAUUGAUAAUCCAAUGUAUUACCAUAUGAUUUAAGUUAAGUUUUGAUUUAAUACUGGAACAAUAUUCCAC